UUUCAGACUUCUGAGAGAGGAGACGAGAGGAGAAAGAAACUGAGCAUAUUCCUUGCAUUUUCCUUUCAUAAGUGGAGAGAGAGAGAGAGUAAUAAAGAAUAAACAAGGCACCUAAAUGACGAUGAUCUACGGCACCACCACCACCAGCAGCCGUAUCAUCUCCUUGUGUACCGCCGCAGCAGCAGGUUCCUCUUCCUCCUCCUCCUCCGUCCCCUGCCGCCGUGCCAAAUCUCUUCUUCCUACUCUUCGCUGCUCAUCCUCAGGCAUGGAGGCCAGCGCUGGCACUGCUAUUUACCCUCUGCACCGCUGCAAAACCAUAUACCUGGUGAGGCAUGCCCAGGGUAUUCACAACGUGGAAGGUGAGAAAGAUCCCAACGCGUACAUGUCGCCGGCACUGUUCGAUGCACACCUCACUCCUUUGGGUUGGAACCAAGUUGAUGGCCUACGAGAGCACGUGAAGAAAUGUGGACUUGCAAAAAAGAUUGAGCUGGUUAUUUCUUCCCCUUUACUGAGGACUAUGCAAACUGCAGUUGGGGUCUUUGGUGGUGAAAACUAUACUGAUGGUGUAAGUGCACCACCACUAAUGGUGCAAAAUGCUGGACACAGUGGACGCCCGGCAGUUUCAAGUUUGAACUGCCCACCAUUUCUUGCAGUUGAGACCUGCAGAGAGCACUUGGGUGUCCAUCCCUGUGACAAGAGGAGGAGCAUAACAGAAUACAGGACUCUCUUUCCUUCCAUUGACUUUUCGUUGGCAAAGAAUGAUGAAGAUGUUCUUUGGGAACCAGACGUUAGAGAAGCAAAUGAGGCUGUCGCAACGAGGGGUAUGAAGUUUAUUGACUGGUUAUGGACAAGAGAAGAGAAAGAGAUAGCUAUUGUGAGUCAUAGUGGUUUCUUAUUUCACACCUUAAGCAUGUACAGCAAAGAAUGCCAUCCAACCAUACAACAGGAAGUGAGCAAGCACUUUGCAAACUGUGAGCUCCGGUCCAUGAUGUUGGUUGACAGAAGUAUGCUUGGGUCGGAUUCUGCCACUUGGAACUACCCUGGAAAGAUUCCAGCCGGACUUGAUCUGCCUAGCGAUGUCUCAGACAAGAAGCUCCAUAAGAACUGAGCCUUUCUGGGGCUGUUUAGCACUGGUGCCUUGAUUCUUUUAUCAACCCCCAUUUUGACAUUGUUCAAGUUUGUAAGAAAGAAGGGAAGCCAAACAACAUCUGCAGAUAGGCUAUUUGUCAAUCAAGGAUAAAUUAAGCAAUUUAUUACGUCUGUUGUCUCAGCACAUACUGAAAUUCAGGGUAUUAGACAAGGAUCUUCUAUCUAUACUAACAAUAUCCGAAUCACCAAUCUUCACCAGGUGAUGCUCGGCAAAA